GACGACAAUAAAAAUACCUUUGGAAAGCUGUCAGAUUUCCAUUGACUAAAAGAUUAGUUAUUUAUUUAUAUAUAUAAACUCCAUACUAUAUGAUAUGAGCUUUUCUUCAAUAUCACUCACUCUUUUCUCUCCCACCGCAAUCCCCCACUUUAAAGUUUAACCAACCGAUUCGUUAAAGUCAAACUUGACACACACAUCUCUGGCUACUCCGAUCGAUCUCGCAGCCCAAUGGCAGAUCCCAAGGCCAAUUCUGAGAUCUCAUUCGCCGGAACCUUCGCUAGCAGCGCUUUCGCCGCCUGUUUCGCCGAGUUGUGUACUAUUCCUUUAGACACUGCUAAGGUUAGGCUUCAGCUCCAAAAGAAAGCCAAUACAGAGGAGGAAGCUGGUGUUCCUAAAUACAGGGGAAUGUUGGAUACUGUUGCUACUAUUGCUAGGGAAGAAGGUUUAAUAGCACUUUGGAAAGGCGUCAUACCUGGAUUGCAUCGUCAGUUUCUAUAUGGAGGUUUAAGGAUUGGAUUAUAUGAGCCUGUCAAGGCCUUUUUUGUUGGCAGUGAAUAUGUUGGGGAUGUUUCUUUAUUCCAGAAGAUACUUGCUGCUCUGAUUACUGGUGCUCUAGCAAUUGCAGUGGCUAAUCCAACUGAUCUUGUGAAAGUUCGACUUCAAGCUGAAGGUAAUCUGCUGCCUGGAUUGCCUAGGCGGUAUUCUGGAGCAUUGAAUGCUUAUUACACCAUAAUGAAACAGGAAGGACUGGCAGGUUUGUGGACAGGGAUUGGGCCUAACAUUGCACGAAAUGCUAUUAUAAAUGCUGCAGAACUAGCUAGUUAUGACCAAGUGAAAGAGACAAUUCUGAAAAUUCCAGGGUUCACAGACACUGUUUUUACCCAUCUACUAGCUGGUUUAGGUGCAGGGUUCUUUGCAGUCUGUAUCGGUUCUCCCGUUGAUGUGGUUAAAUCUAGAAUGAUGGGAGAUUCUAUCUACAAAAGCACCUUAGAUUGUUUCAUCAGAACUUUGAAGACCGAGGGACCUUUUGCCUUCUAUAAGGGAUUCCUCCCAAAUUUUGGCCGGCUUGGAAUUUGGAAUGUGAUCAUGUUUCUGACUCUGGAGCAAGCCAAGAAAUUCUUUGUGACGGCAGUUUAAAUGAGAUAACCUAAGUUAUCAAUCUUGGCAAGCAGGCAGCUUUUGCUAGGAAUAUGCCUCCGCAACUGUCGAAGAUUCUUUUUAAGAAGGGUAUAUACAAUCCCUUCUUCUAUUAGUCACUCCAUUUCAAAUUUAUAGAUACUAGAUUCAGGUCUCGUGUAGCAAAAGCUGCUUUUGGUAUAAUAUUGGUUAUAUUGAACCAAAUCUACGAUAAUUUGUAGGAUUGUCAAUUCCCAUUUAAGAGCGGGUGGGUUAUAAUGUCAUUUGCAAGCCAUAGUAAGAUACAUGUGGUCACAAAAACUCAUUUGUAGUGGUAUUGGAGCAUCAUUAUAUGUUCUUUUUGUAAUAUUAUUCUAUUGAUUAUGGUGGAAUUUGUCAUUUGUGAAUGUUCUCGUU